UCUAUAAUCGUCGCCCCUUGUAAAAAUUGUCAGCGGCGUCUACAAGCGGUUCCAUAAUUAUGAGUCAAAACGCGGAAAAUAAUAAUGCUCCCAAUCGGACUGACACUAAAACGAGUACAAGUGUUAAAAAUAAGAAAAAGGAAAUUAAUAAUAACAGUGUUAAUACGAUAAUAAAAGUUAAAAGUGCGAUUCCUAGACGAAGACAAGAUUUACUAAAAUGGUACGGAUGGGGCUACAAGGAUUCCAUGUUUCAACUGAACGGUGAUGUCGCAUACUUCACUGGUAACAGGUACCUCAUCGCUGGAAAACCUCUACCUCAUCUACAAGCCUGGGCAUACGAUAACUUUAAGGUAGACCUAACGAAGCAGCCCAAAAUACCAGAAAUGCCAACAUCAUUCCCCGAGAGCAAGUUACCUGUUGGAGUCACGAAGGAAUUGGAAGAAAUUGCCCUGCUCAGCACCGACGGGAUGGACCGAUUAAUAAGAGCACACGGACAAACAUUGAAAGACAUAUCAGAUUUAAGAGGCAACAAGUUCCCGAGAAUACCUGAUGCAGUUAUCUGGCCAGAAAGUCAUGAGCAGGUGGAACGGAUUGUCCAGUGCGCGUCGAAGCAUGAUAUCGUGAUAAUACCAUUUGGCGGAGGUACCUCGGUGUCCGGCGCCGUAACCUGCCCCCCCAACGAACAGAGACCCAUCAUUGCACUGGACACCAGCGAUAUGAACUCCAUACUGUGGCUGGACAAGGAGCAGCUACUGGCUAGAGUCCAGGCCGGUAUUGUGGGUCAGGAUUUGGAGAGAGAGAUGCGAGCCCGUGGAUUCACGGUGGGCCACGAGCCUGAUUCGUACGAGUUCUCAACGCUCGGAGGUUGGGUGGCGACCAGGGCCAGCGGCAUGAAGAAGAACACAUAUGGGAACAUAGAAGAUCUCAUAGUACAAACUAAAGUGGUGACAGCGCGAGGUGUUUUGGAGAAAAAUUGCAGAGUACCAAGAAUUUCGUGCGGCCCCGAGUUUGAACAUAUUGUGAUGGGUUCUGAGGGCUGCCUGGGAGUCGUAACAGAGGUGACAAUAAAAAUCCGUCCAUUGCCGCCAGUGGUGCAGUACGGGUCCCUCGUUUUCCCCGAUUGGGAUUCCGGGGUUGAAUUCGAGCGUGAGGUCGCCAGGCAGCGUCUCCAGCCGUCCAGUAUACGACUUAUGGACAAUGAACAGUUCCGCUUUGGGCAAGCACUGAAAUCGGACUCAUCAUGGGGAGGAGUCCUUCUAGAUGGACUGAAGAGAAUCUACAUCACCCGUAUCAAAGGUUUUGACCCGACGAAGCUGUGUGUUGUGACGCUGCUAAUAGAAGGCGCGGCGGACGAUGUUGCCGAGAGGGAGAAGAAACUGAAUAGCAUAGCGGCACAGUUUGGUGGUAUACCAGCCGGUGCUGAGAACGGGGAACGAGGGUAUACGCUUACCUUCGUUAUUGCUUACCUUAGGGAUGUAGCAAUGGAAUACGGGAUCGUGGCAGAAUCGUUCGAGACGUCAGUCCCGUGGGACCGCGCGGGCGCGCUGUGUCGUCGCGUCAAGGACCGUGUGCGGGACGAAUGCGCCACGCGCGGCAUCCAACACUAUCUAAUCUCGUGUCGUCUCACGCAAACCUACGACGCAGGAUGUUGCAUUUAUUUCUAUUUUGCACACAAUUCGGAAAAGUUUAUUGAUCCCGUUGCAACCUACGAGGAAAUAGAAGAAGCCGCACGAGACGAAAUUAUCGCUUCUGGCGGUUCAAUAUCACAUCACCACGGUGUCGGAAAGUUACGCAAGAAAUGGUACACAGAUACAGUGAGCGAGCCUGGCCGAGAAUUACUCUUGGCUAUGAAGAGGGUACUGGAUCCGGAUAACAUUUUUGCAUUAGGAAAUAUGGCCUUAGAUGAAUAUGGUCGCGAAGAUAAUUUUAUAAGAAGUAAAUUAUAGACAAAUUAUUUAAUUAUUAAGUAUUUUUAACGCAUCGUAAAUCAACAUUCCAAUUUUGGUCACAAUGUAAUGUUACAAUAUAAUCUGCCAAAAAAUAUAACCUUAUUAACACAGAACAUUAUUAAUACAUGUUUUAUUUCAGUGGAUUGUAUGAGAAAUUAAUUUAUUCUUAAUAAUUGUAAAAUUGGAUUUUUGUUAUAAUGUUUUUAUGAUGCUGACAUCAGUUGUUUUGCUGUAUAGCUAAUUUUAAUAAAUAGCCCAAUUAA